AUGAAGUCCUUUAUCAUUUUAUCAGUCGUCUUGGUUUGUUCUUCCUUUGCCGCCAGUUCCGAUAAGGAUACCGAUUCGAAGGUGGCCAGGUACUUGAAGUCUUGUGGAGUUAUCACAUCGCUAAAGACUACGAAAUGUGUCAAGAAAAGUGAUGAAGUCGACAAGGAGCUGAAGGCUUUCGCCAAGAGCAAGGAUAAGGAUCUCUCCAAGAUAAAGACUUCGUGCAAGGAGACUGUCGACUGCGUCAAAGAGCUGAAAUGCAAACCGCUCGAAGAGGACCACAAGGAAACUUUGGAUCUCUGUGGACGGGCUCUUUUCCAGGACGAAUUCAAAGAGUGUAGCAAGAAGCUUCAGGCUUUAAAGAAAGGAGGUGAUAAGGAUGCUGCUAAAUGUUUAGAAGACUUCAAAUCCGAGACCAAGAAGACUACAAAAGACACGUGUACAUUCUUGAAGGGGUCCAAAGAUUGUAUCAAGGCACACAUCAAGAAGGAGUGUGGAGAUGACAAGUUGGCGGGAUGGGAGAAGUUCGCCCAAGACUCCUUCAAAGAGAAUGAAUGCGAAAAAGCCAUCGGAACCAAAUGGAACUGA